CAUAGUGGAUGAUAGACAAAAGACAACGCAACAGAACAGACGAGGGCGACAACGCAAACACUUUUCUCCUCUUUCGGUUUAUGCUUGCUUCGCAUCUAAUUGACUAUUCCACCCGCGAGCUGAAGCAACCAGCGGAAUUUUCACUUUUAUAUGGUCCAGAUUCGCGAGGGAGCGAGAGAUUUCACCAAUAAAUCACGGAAAAUAGAAAUCAGUGCCCGAGUGCAGUGAGCAGUCAGCAACAAUGACGUCAAAACUGGAGAUCAAUGUGCGGAGUCUAAUCGCACAGUGCGAGGAAAUUGUUUCGGCCGAUAAGCAAGACUGGAGGCUGAAGAAGUACAUCCGAUCGCUGGAUACGAUGAUUCUAGAGCUGGAAGAACAGUUUGAAAAACCGGAGGAAAAAUUGAUAACGGAAUAUCGUAAUCGAUGCGCCGAGCUGAAAAAAGUUUCCAAUUAUGUCGAGCCAUCCCUUAACGCAGAACAGCGCAGCAGAUUGAAAACGAAAUCAAAAGGAACCAACGAUUCCGGCGGAGAUGUGAUGCGAGAGAUUCGCCAGAUACACGACCAAAAGUUUCAGAAGGAAUUACGCAGUGAACUGUUUAACGGCAACUUCUCCACUAUUCGACGGCGGGCCGGUCAGAAGGUGGCCGAGAAUCUAGAGCAUACGGUUAAGCAGUUCUCAGACGAGCAGGAAAAGAUAGCGGAGGAUAUGCUGAUGUUGACGAGAAACCUAAAAGAGCAAACUGAAACUGCCAGCAAGAUUAUCAAGAAAGAUACAGAGAUUGUUACCAAGUCAUCGAAACUGACCGAUCAGAACGUUUCCUCGCUAUCAGCAGAAUCAACAAAGUUACAGGAUAGUUCAAAAAAAGCGUGGAAAUGUUGGAUGUGGCUCAUGAUAGGUCUGGUUAUGAUGAUUUUCAUCUUUAUGGUACUGUUCAUGAAGAUAAUGAAAAAGAAAACCUACUGAUGGCCUCACCGGGAACCUUUCGGAGUCUCGCUUUAAGUGUGCUUGUAACUAUAAACAUCUGUUUUAUUCCCUUUGCAUUUCUUGUUAUUUUGUUUUAAAACGAAGAAAAAAACGAAAAAAAAAAUAAAUUUUACAGUAUUUAAA